CUCCCUCACGCGGAGAUGGGGAGAGAAGUUUGCCUGCGGCGCAGUCCAGUGAACGUUUACCGUCUUUCAUUUAGGGAACAGCAACGAGAGCCUCCGGAGAAGCUUUCCACGGAUUGUUGAGGAAUAUCUGACUGCACAGAAACACCACUCUCAGUUGACUUUUUUGCUCUUUUGAAAAAAAAAAAAAAAAAAUAUCUUUACUACUUAUCAUUGAUGUCGCCAAACUAGUGGGAAGCUCGGGUCAGUAGGACAGCGGCCGCACGCGGACUGUUGUCUGUCGGAGGGUGCUUUUUAAAUUUUGGUCCCGGAGAAGAAAAAACAGAGCGAAACAGAAGGAAAAAAAGAAGAAUAAGACAGUCCAAGAGAAGGUGAUACAAGAGUCUGACUCAGAAUGAAUAACAACAAGAUCGAGAAAGAAAACGAGCAGAGUGAAUUCACCAACCACGAAGAGGAGGUCCGAACACUAUUUGUCAGUGGGCUACCACUGGAUAUUAAGCCGCGGGAGCUCUAUCUCCUGUUCAGACCAUUUAAGGGCUAUGAAGGCUCCUUGAUAAAACUCACUUCUAAACAGCCAGUGGGGUUUGUCAGCUUUGACAGCCGAUCAGAAGCGGAGGCUGCUAAGAAUGCCUUGAACGGGGUCCGGUUUGAUCCAGAGAUCCCCCAGACCCUUCGGCUGGAGUUCGCCAAGGCCAACACCAAGAUGGCCAAGAACAAGCUGGUUGGCACCCCCAACCCCCUUCCCUCCCAGCAGAGCCCCGGGCCACAGUUCAUUAGCAGAGACCCAUAUGAGCUCACAAUGCCCGCUCUAUAUCCCAGCAGCCCAGACGUGUGGGCAUCAUACCCGCUGUACCCGGCGGAGCUGUCGCCGGCCCUCCCACCCGCUUUCACCUACCCCUCCUCGCUCCACGCUCAGAUCGUUUAUAGAUCUCAACAUUUCCGACCGCACUUGAAGGCAGCGUCAUUUCACGGAGAAAGAGAGAAAAGAGACGGAGCGACUGUGCUUUGUGCUGGAGCUUUUUACAGGAAACAGUCAGCUGUUACACAAACUCCUGGGCAAUUCGCUGGCUCCCACCUGCAGAUGGAACUCCUCAGGGAUGGAAGUCCAGGCAGUUCUGCUGAAGCAGCAGCAGCCUCAUGGGCCUCAGGACAUUCUAGACCCCAGCCUCCAUCACACAUCGAGCCCCCCAUCCCACCCUCCCCAAAGUCCUUCCAACUCUUUUUUAUACUGUUACAUACUCAAGAUUUACCGGCAGCGCUUUGGCUACACCUCCUCUGACACCUCAAUGAAAGGUACCGGGCAUGCAUGACAAAGGCUCACCACACCCUUUGUUUACCAGUUGACUGCAUCGCCCGUGUAACGUUAGCAGGGCUCUUGCUGUGCAUUCUGUAUAUGCAAGUGUACCAAAGGAGUGCACAUUUUAUGCAGCCACUUUGCAAGGCCAGACGUAUGGAAGUGUGGCUAAAGCGCUGCUGGGUAAUAUUAUAAUACGACUCUAAUUAUUACUAUACUGUAUAUCAUUCAUAUUAAUGUUAUUAUGAUUAUUAAAUACAUGUUGAAGCAUGACUUUGCAAAAAAAGAAAAGAAAAACAAAACCCAAUGCUGUACAUUUUUAGAUAUUUUAAAGAAAUACAAAAAAGUAUUUUUGUAAUCAAGACAAUGUUUGAAAUGGUUCUGUUUGAUAGGUUCAUGUCGUGCUUAAGUGUGUGAGGAACUUUCAUACUUGUAUUAUUUUGCCCUUCCUGUUUUGUGCCAUUAUAACAUGGUAAGUCGCCCUGCUAUACCAAAGCAGUCCUGUGGGUUUGCUCUUGUCUUUUCUACAUACUGUGUGGAUUUUUAGGUUUGCUCAUGUGUGUCUUUUUGUGGUGUCUUUACCUGAUGAGGCAAACAUAUUAGUCCUUUGUCUGAUGUGCUUUGGUUCAACUAAGUAGUCGAUGUUAACUCUUGAGUGAUCCAGCUCAUAAUUUAUCAGUUAGAGGUAGCCAGACUUGUUACAAGAGGCAUUGACAGGAAUAAGCCGUCACUGGUGAAGGUAGAGUGACCUCAGAGACUGCAAAACAUGGCAAACUGAGCCCUGCUAUAAUUAGGAAUUUCAUUCAUUGUGUAGCAGGAGACAGCAGCACAGUAUAGAGAAACAAAAGACCAAAGGCAUUUUUUUUUUUUUUUACACUGGAGAGCUAUCUAGGCUAGUGGAAUAAUUCCAUUUUUGACUGCUUUGUAGUCUUCAGUCUGAUUUCUUAUGAAGUAUGAUGUUAUUUUUGCUGCAUGUCUCUUUUGGUGUCACUCCAAAGAGCAACUCUGCAUCUGAAAGGACAUUCACUUUAAGCAAUUUGUCUUUUUUUGUCUAUUUUUAGGGAGCCAACGUGAUUCAACCUGCUUUUGUAAAUGUUGAAUUUACAUAGUGAUGAUUGGAGUGUUAAAAAAAUAAUAAUAAUCUUUUUGUAAUCUUGUGUAUUCUGGGCCUGCAAUAACUUCUUUGCUGUUUGACAUAUCGAGUGAUCAUAUUCCUGUGACAUUUUGACGCCAAAAUUCUCAUUCAUGUCGCAUUCGUACAAAGAUAUACAGUGAUUCUUUUACUUCUUCUGAUAAGGCCAAGUCACAUUUCAGUGAUGUGAUCAAAAACUGAAAUAUUGUAAGAAAAACAAUCUUUAGCCCAGGUGUGUACAAUCAUAUUGGAUUGGUUGAGUCAUAUAGUCAGUGUUUUUGAUGAAUAUUAUUAAUAAUAUGCACACUAUGUCAACCAAUAUUCUGGAGCAGUUUUUGCUUUUACAGACAUUUUUUAAGCCAAGUGUGGCACCAAAUUUAUUAGAACAAGUAUUUAUAAGGUGUGUGUGUGUGUGUGUGUGUGUGUGUGUGUGUGUGUGUUUUUAUGGGUAUGUUUUUAAAGUUAAUAAAAGAUGCCCAUCAUAUAAUUAAUUGUAAGUAUUAUUGUAAGUUUAAUUGUAUAUUCAUUUGGUAAUUUUCUAGAGCUUCUUAUUGUGUUUGUAUCUGAUAUAUGAAUACUGUUUUACCUACAUAAUUCACUGUGAAAUCAAGAGAAAUACCUUUGAACGAAUGGAUCUUUGUCUUUUGCCAGCAGUAUGGUACAGAAGUUCCUGGAAAUGAAUAUGAUGACCCCCUCCCUUUGUCAAUGAGAACUAUUCCUUUCUCGUUUCAGUAUACCAUGUGUGUACCUGUGUGUUCUGUGCAUGUUCACGGCAUGUGUGUGUUCUUCUUUUCUUUUUCUUAAUGCAUACAGUACUGUUGAUAUUUAUGUACUUUAGCCGCUGUAAGGAGAAACUGUAUUUCAGUGAAUUGCAGAUGGUUUGUUUGUUUGAAACCAAAAAAAAAAGGUGAUCAAAAUGAGAAGUUUUUAUGAAAAUGUUAAAUGAAGACAUUUCAGGCCAUCUGCCAUUAAAGAUUGAUGUCAUC